AUGUGGUGGCUGCUACUUGUGGCCGCUGUCCCAUUGGCAUGGGCCACUUGUCCGUUUGGUUUCGUCUAUCAGGAACAAUUCAACAGAUGCUACAAGUUAACCAAAACUCAACAAAGCUUCUACAUGGCCGAGGAAAGCUGCCAGGAGGCGAAUGCCCACCUCGUGUCGAUUUUCAGCUCUGCUGAAAACUCUUGGCUUUCAAUGUAUGCAUCGCAGCAAGGAUUGAAUGGUCCAUUUUACAC